GAGUGAGGAGCUAGGUUACGGUUCGUUUCCAAGAGAGGGGGCGUGUAUUUCAUUACAUUAGUGCCAAUUGGUGGAUUGAUUCGAUGUGAUUCGGUGGGCGAGGAGCUGGGUUACGGUUCGUUCCUGAGAGAGGGUGUGUACUGCGUGCUGGGGGGACCCUCCUUCGAGACCAUCGCAGAGUGCCGAAUGUUGAACAGGCUGGGAGCGGACGCAGUGGGCAUGAGUACAGUUCAUGAGGUCAUCGUAGCGCGUCACUGCGGCAUGCGAGUCUUCGCCCUCUCCCUCAUCUCCAACCAGGCCGUCAUGGACUACGAGAGCGAGGAGAGAGCCAACCACGAGGAAGUCCUUCAGACUGGUGACGAGAGGGCUCAGCAGCUGGAGAAGUUCAUCGCUACCUUCGUUUCCCGCCUGGAGGAACUUGGAGGAGGAGCGGCUAACGGGGCCAACGGCGCUAGCUGCUAACCUACACAGUGUAGUCUUGUCUCUCAUUGAAUCCAGUUACAAUAUGUGGUUUUUUAACUACAAAAUUGGCCUCUUGAUUUAGCCUAGCAUGUAGUGCUUUCUCCCAUUGACACCUUAUCAAGACGUGGCUUUUGACAAAAAAAAAAUGCCUCUUCAGUUAAAAGAUCUAGCUGCUAACAAAUCCGAUUAAGGUGCCUCAAUUUUGAAAAUCCUGUUCUGCUUUUGCAGUAUUUUUGUCCUUAGUACUAACAUAACUCUCUUGUUAAAUCUUAGAAAAUUUGAUACAUUUUAAAGAGAUCCUUAACAACUACAAGGAUUAGCCUCGGCAUAUUCCUUUCCUACAACCUUUACACACCACCCAGCUUACAAUUAUUUGGUGUCAAAGACGCGUAACCUGGUGUACUCCUGAACCAGUUGUGUAGUAUAAUGGUGCAUUCCAGUCCCAAAUCCUCCUAGUAGGAGAUCGCACUUA